ACUUUGGCGCAUCACAACUGAAAAGCUGAAACUGAAAAUGAAAGCAAAAACACAAUCGACAGCUACUUACAGCCACACAGAGAUCAGAGAGUAACCAAGAAAGGAUUAAGAAAAUAAAAUUCUGAUUCUAAAAUCUUAAUAAUCAGUGUCGGAAAACUUCCACAAUAUUUUUAGUAGUCGUAUCAACAAUGAUUGUUUUUCUUGCCUAGUCAUAUCAAGUUUUAGUUGAGAUGUAAAAGUGGUGGUUUGAACGUUCGAUAAUUUGAUUCAGGCUAAAGUAAUUUUGUGUUUCAUGCUGGCGAUAUUAUCACAAUAUUUAUUGAAAUACUAAUCUCAUCUCAUAUCAUCAUGCAUAAAAGGAAGUAUCAAGAGAGUGAUAGGAAAGGGUCAGAGUCAAGGCGUCACGACAGAGAAGAGAAGGAUAGAAAGGAGUACAAAAACAAGGAUGAUGACAGCGAUGGUGAAACUAAAAAGCAAAAGAUGAAAUUCUCGAUUGGAGCAAUGCGAAAGCCAUUGGGUGCCGGAAUGGCAAUCACCAGUAAACCAACUGUGAAGGCGAUCAAUAUCAAAUUGGAGCCACAGAGAAGUCAAGUGGUGAGAGUGAAGUCUACACUACAAAGUGUGUUCAAUUCUGACAGUGAAGAGGAGGAGGAGAUGCCACCGGAAGCUAAAAUGCGGAUGAGAAAUAUUGGCAGGGAAACGCCUACGUCGGCAGGCCCAAAUUCAUUCGGCAAGACCAAGCAGGGCUUCUGUAACGCGCAAAAAGUGUUCGAGAAAAAUCUGAAGAAAGCUGCUCUAGAUGCUGGCGAUGGUGAAAAGUGAGACUAUUCUGUAAAUAUAAUUAUGUGAAGUAAUAACGUUAACUAUUUUGUUCCCUUGUUUAGCUGUAAUGUCUACAAUUAUUUUGAGUUUUUGAAAUUAUAAAAGAAAUUCAUGUCGGAAG